UUUUUUAUAUUCUAUUACAUCUUAUUUUACUAUAUGAAGUUUAAUUUACUAUGUUGAAUUUAUUCUAGGCAUGAUAAAGAAUAGUCUGGAGCUAUGCAGCACUUGUGGACAUAAUGGUUUCAAAUGUCCAGGUCAUUUUGGUCAUAUAGAAUUACCAGUACCUGUUGUCAAUCCAUUAUUUUAUAAAGCAUUAUCCAUGUUAAUCAGACUAUCAUGUCCAAAUUGCUUUUCAUUACAAGUACCAUCAUAUAUCAAACUAUUGUUAUCUGCAAAAUUAAAAUUACUUUAUCAAGGACAACUUAGUGAUCUCGAGAGUUUGGAUCAAGAAGUAAUGUCUAUGAUAUCAAGUGUCCAAAAAGUAGAGGAACAAACGGAAUAUGUUCGCAAUAUAAUUGAUACUUAUAUGCAAAACUUUUUCAAUAAGACUAGAUACAAUCGAGUUACAUCUGAAAAUCAUGAGGAUCAAAUUAGUAUGAAAAACAUCAUUAUGCAAUGGCAUAUAUAUGUUGAAAACAUACUUAAACAAUAUGUGAGAGUCAACAAGGCUGGAAUAUGCGAAAAGUGUCACGAAGGUCUUCCAAAAAUAUCGACCUUGCAAAACAAGAUAAUGAUAACCAAUAAGAGAGUUGCAUCUUCUAAUUCCACCGGCGAAGUGACACAUAAAUUGGAAUCAGUGAUGAUCAUGCCGGAUCAAUCUAAGGAACAUCUUCGUCAAUUGUGGAACAAUGAAAAGGAUUUUCUUAAAGUGAUUGUACCCUGCUUAGAACUGGUUGAUAUUGAAUAUCCUACCGACGUAUUCUUUUUCGAAGUAAUACCUGUAUUACCACCGAUUGUACGUCCAGUAAAUUUUCUUAAUGGUCAGAUGAUCGAACAUCCUCAAACUCAUAUCUAUAAGAGCAUCAUACAGGACUGUCUGGUCUUAAGAAACAUCAUACAAACGAUUCAGGACGGAGGUACUGAGCACUUGCCUCAAGAGGGUCGACUUGUUUUCGAGCAAAUCAAAGGAACGACGGCGAUUGAAAAAUUACACAAUGCAUGGCAGGCAUUGCAGAGCAAUGUGGAUCACCUGAUGGAUCGCGAUAUGAACAAGACACCGGAAUCCAUCAACGGCCAAGGUUUAAAACAAAUUCUUGAAAAGAAAGAAGGUAUAAUUAGAAUGCACAUGAUGGGUAAAAGAGUAAAUUAUGCCGCACGUUCGGUCGUCACUCCAGAUCCUGACUUGAAUAUCGACGAGAUUGGCAUUCCUGAAGCUUUUGCCCGCAAAUUAACAUAUCCCACAGCAAUAACGCCGUGGAACGUGGUCGAAUUAAGACAAUUGGUUCUGAACGGUCCUAACGUUCAUCCUGGUGCAGUUAUGGUGGAGAAUGAAGAUGGAUCGGUGCAAGCUAUUGAUAGUAACAAUGCUAUGCAAAGAGAAGCUAUCGCGAAACGACUCUUAACAACGAGUGACAGGACUGAGUCCUUCAUUGGUGUUAAAGUGGUACAUCGACAUCUUCAGAAUGGCGAUAUCCUGUUGUUAAAUAGGCAACCGACAUUACACAAACCGAGUAUAAUGGCUCAUAAAGCACGGGUUCUUAAGGGAGAGAAGACAUUACAUCUUCAUUAUGCAAAUUGCAAAGCUUACAAUGCCGAUUUUGAUGGAGAUGAACUCAACGCUCAUUUCCCACAAAACGAAUUAGCCAGAAGUGAAAGCUACAACAUCGCAAACGUAUCGAAUCAGUACCUCGUACCAAAAGAUGGAUCUCCGUUAAGUGGUCUUAUACAGGAUUAUAUGGUGUCUGGAGUACGAUUAACAAUUAGAGGUACAUUUUUCUCGAACGUGCAUUACAGGCAACUAGUUUACGCAGCACUGCCGAUAACACAACAGAAUCUGAUUCUCUUACCACCGACUAUCAUCAAACCAGAAAUGCUAUGGUCCGGUAAACAAGUUCUUUCGACGAUUAUCAUUAAUAUUAUUCCUUCGCACAAGGUGCGAAUCAAUUUGGUCUCCAACACGAAGAUCAAUUCAAAAGAAUGGCAAGUGGAAGCACCACGACGUUGGAAGUGUGGAACGGAAUUUAAAAAUCCAGUGACGAUGUCAGAGGCUGAAGUUAUAAUUCGACACGGGGAGUUAUUAUGUGGAGUACUCGAUAAGAUGCACUACGGUGCGACUCCAUAUGGUCUUAUUCAUUGCGUUUACGAAUUAUACGGGGGAAUAUGCGCGAGCGAAAUGUUAAGCGCAUUUGGAAAACUAUUUCAGAUAUUUCUACGGAAUGAGGGAUUUACUCUUGGCGUCGAAGAUAUUUUAGUAACUGGUAAAACCGAUAAGAAGCGCAAAGAGAUUAUUUCUAAUUGUAAAAAGAUCGGGGAAAAUGUACAGAAAUCUGUGAUAAAAGUACCUGAUGAUACACCUAUAAAUGAAGUUCGCGCCAAAAUGGAAGAAUUCUAUUGGAACAACCCCAAGUUUCACGCGCAAGUUGAUCAGAAAUAUAAGAACACUUUAGACGUUUAUACCAACGAUAUUAACAAAGUUUGUCUGCUGACAGGACUCGUCAAGAAAUUCCCAGACAAUAACUUGCAGCUUAUGGUGCAAUCUGGUGCUAAGGGAUCUACGGUCAACACUAUGCAAAUAUCAUGUUUGCUUGGUCAGAGCGAGUUAGAAGGUAAAAGGCCACCGUUAAUGAUCAGCGGAAAAAGCUUAUCGAGUUUCCUAACGUACGACCCGACACCUAGAGCCGGUGGCUUUAUCGAUGGUAGAUUUAUGACUGGUAUCAAAUCGCAGGAAUGUUUCUUCCAUUGUAUGGCAGGACGCGAAGGUCUUGUUGAUACUGCCGUAAAAACCAGCAGAUCCGGUUACUUACAGAGAUGUUUAGUAAAACAUUUGGAAGGUUUAAUUGUUAAUUACGACGCGACAGUCAGAGAUUAUGAUGGCAGUUUAAUCCAAUUUUAUUAUGGAGAGGAUGGCCUUGAUAUACCAGGCUCACGUUUUUUAAAGAAGGAACAAAUCGCGUUCCUAAUUGACAAUAAAGAUUUGAUUAUGGAUGAGAAGUUAAUAGAAUGUCUAAAAACAAAUAAUGAGGAGAUACCGAAAAAUAAAAAAAUUAAGAAAUGGGAAAAUAAAAAUGGUUCUUCCUUACAAAAGAGGAGGAUCAGUGCGUUUAGUAAAUUCUCCAUAGAGAAUUCCAAUAAGAAUAACAGUGCAAAAAGACAAUCUAUCCAGAGUGGAAGAAGCAAAACCGCAUUGUCGCUCAUGAGAAAGUGGAUAAGAGCGAAGGAAGAGGUGAAGGAAUCAUUCCGUGCGCAAUGCGUUAAAUGUCCUGAUCCAAUAACGUCAAAAUACAGGCACGAUAUUGAAUUUGGCGUACUGCCUGAACGAAUAGAAGGCUUAAUAAAUGAAUAUCUCUCUGAUCCGUCGAGAAAGAAAAUUAAAACGUCUACCUUGAGAGAUUUAUUAUCUAUAAAAGUCAUGAAAACAAUUUGUCCACCUGGUGAACCAGUUGGUUUAUUAGCGGCACAGUCCAUAGGUGAACCAUCUACUCAAAUGACUCUAAACACAUUCCAUUUUGCGGGACGUGGAGAGAUGAACGUGACUUUAGGUAUUCCUAGAUUACGUGAAAUAUUGAUGACGGCAUCGAGGAACAUAAAGACUCCUAGUAUGGAAAUACCUUUUCAAAAUAAUCUGGAAAAUCUUGAAAAGCAGGCAAAGAAGUUAAAAUUAAAAUUAACAAGGUGUAUCUUGUCCGAUGUAUUGAAAGAUAUCGCGAUAAGCAGAAAAAUAGAAGAGAGUCCAAAUAGAAGAUUAGUGUACACUCUUAUGAUUAAAUAUCUUCCUCACAAAUAUUAUAAGCGAAAGUUUUCUGUUCAUCCGCGAGAUAUAAUUAAGUGUACCGAGGAAAUCUUUUUCAAGAAUAUAUUCAAAGGAAUUGGGAAACUUGCCAAAGUAUCCAAAGUUUUGUUACAUUUUGAAGGCGAAAAAAGCCGGGCGAAUGACGAGGACUCGGCGAUAGAUCAGAUUGAUCCUGACGACGUAAUACCGGAAAAUAUAAAAAGCAGAACACGGUUAGAUUUAGGAGAGAUGCAUGAGUCAUCCGAUGAAGAACAAGCUGCAGAAGAUGCUGACGCGACAAUGACUAGAUCACUAUCGCGUCAUCGAGAAAACCAAGAAUACGAAGAUUCCGAAGAAGAAGAAAUUGAAGAUGCAAAUAAGGAGGAAGAAACAGAUAAUAAUAAUACAGAUAAUAUUUUCGAGAAUAAAGAUGAUGCGGACGAUGAUGAUAAUACUGAGAAAUUAAAUAAUAAAAAAAAUAAAAAAUUUGCUAACAGGAAGGAAUGGGUCGUAAAUUCAUAUCCGAACGCUAUAGAUUACGAUUAUGAUGAGAAUAAAUUAUCAUGGUGUAAAUUCACCUUUUGGUUACCGCUUGAAACGAUCAAAUUGGACUUGCCAGAGAUAAUUAAAAAUGUCGCAGGUAAAACUGUCUUAUGGGAAACACCGUGCAUUAAAAAAGCUUUUACAUUUCAAAAUAGCGUAGGCGAAACAAUUCUCAAGACAGAUGGUUUAAAUAUAGUGGAAAUGUUCAAAUAUGACAACAUACUUGAUUUAAGCAGAUUAUAUUCUAAUGAUAUUUACAAUAUAUCUCAAACAUAUGGAAUUGAAGCCGCAAAUAGAGUUAUUAUAAAAGAAGUUAGGGAUGUUUUCAAGAUGUAUGGUAUCACCGUCGACUCGAGACAUCUGUCCUUAAUCGCAGAUUAUAUGACCUUCGAUGGUACAUUCAAACCACUUAGCCGAAAAGGAAUGGAAAGCUCUGCUUCACCGUUACAACAAAUAAGUUUCGAAAGUUCGUUAGGUUUCUUGAAAACGGCAACAUUGCAAGGAAGAAAAGACGACAUAUUAUCACCCUCAAGUAGGUUGAUGUUAGGACGACCGUGCAAAUCUGGAACUGGAUCAUUCUCUGUUUUAUCAUCACUGUACAGUGUAUAAAAAAACAAUAAACUAUAUAUUAUUAUCCCAGAAUAGCAUUAAACACAACAUAUC